AUGGCGAACCCAGAGCAGGGAAACCAAACGUCCAUCACAGAAUUCAUCCUCCUGGGAUUCGGGGAUCUCCAGGAACUGCAGAGCCUUCUAUUCCUGCUGUUCCUAGUGAUCUACAUUGUGACUGUGGUAGGGAACAUCCUUAUCGUUGCACUAGUUGUAACUGAUCAUCACCUUCACACCCCCAUGUACUUCUUCUUGGGAAACUUGUCCUGCUUGGAGACCUGCUACAGCUCCACCAUCCUGCCCAGGAUGCUGGCUGGUCCCCUGAUUGGGGACAGAACUAUUUCAUUCAAUGGGUGUCUCACACAAUUUUAUUUCAUUGGUUGUCUGAUUGCUACAGAAUGCCUUCUCCUCUCUGUGAUGUCUUAUGAUCGAUAUUUAGCCAUAUGCAAUCCAAUGCAUUAUGCAACCCGUAUGAGUCACAGGUCUUACCUGAAGCUCGCAGGUGGCUGUUGGAUAGGUGGCUUCAUGGGUAAUAGCAUAAAUAUGUUCUCGCUAUCUCAGUUAACAUUCUGUGGCCCCAAUGGAAUUGACCAUUUUUUUUGUGACCUCAUCCCCCUUGUAAAACUCUCCUGCAAUGACCCUCACCUUAUGGAAACGUUGGUUUUCACACUCAUCUUGCUUUUCUCACUGGUCCCAUUCCUACUUACCCUGAUGUCCUACAUCUGCAUCAUUGCCACCAUCCUGAGAAUCCCGUCCACCACAGGGAGGCAAAAGGCCUUUUCCACCUGCUCCUCCCACCUCAUUGUGGUGAGCAUUUAUUAUGGAACUCUGCUGAUUGUCUAUAUGUUCCCAACCACCGACAUCCUGAGCAACUUCAAGAAAGUUCUCUCUGUCGUCUACACAGUCCUGACUCCCCUGGUCAAUCCCCUCAUCUACAGCCUGAGAAACAAAAUGGUUCAGGAGGCCCUGAGGAAACUCAGUCUGGGCCUCCGGGUUAUC